AUGACGAACACCGCACUCAUUCUACUGCUCGCCUCAGUCGCGCCUAUAAUCAACGCUCAGGUAAUCUCCUGGUCUACCGCCCAUAGCAAAGCUACGACUGCACUCGGCAAACUAUCACAAAAUGACAAAAUCGGUAUCGUGACAGGCAUCGGAUGGGGAAAAGGUCCAUGUGUUGGUAACACCGCUGCACCAUCAGGCAUUUCAUAUCCAUCCCUCUGUCUACAGGAUAGCCCCUUGGGCGUUCGCUAUGCCAACCCCGUCACAGCGUUCCCAGCGGGAACAAAUGCUGGCCUCACAUGGGACCGGAUGUUGAUGAAUCAAAGAGGCGCGGCCCUGGGUGCUGAAGCUAAGGGGUUAGGUGUUAAUGUUCAAUUAGGCCCAGUCGCUGGUCCGUUGGGAAAGAUUCCAGAGGGAGGUCGUGGUUGGGAAGGGUUUGCAACAGAUCCGUACCUCAGUGGUGUUGCUAUGAUUGAGACUAUCACGGGUAUGCAAGAUUCUGGCACUCAAGCAUGCGCAAAGCACUAUAUAGGUAAUGAGCAGGAGUUGAAUAGGGAAAGUAUGAGUGCUAAUAUUGACGAUCGUACACUGCACGAACUUUACCUUUGGCCAUUUGCUGAUGCCGUCCGCGCAAAUGUUGCCAGCGUAAUGUGCUCUUAUAACAAAUUCAAUGGAUCUUACGCCUGUGAGAAUGAGGCCUUAAUGACAAAUAUAUUGAAGACUGAGCUCGGCUUCCCAGGAUACAUCAUGACUGACUGGAAUGCACAGCACACUACAGCUAACAGUGCUAACUCUGGACUUGAUAUGACCAUGCCCGGCAGUGAUUUCAGUAACACGCCGAGCAGUGUUCUUUGGGGCCAAGCUCUAGCCAGCGCCAUAUCUAGUGGCCAAGUUGCUCAGUCGCGACUAGACGACAUGGUGUCUCGAAUUUUAGCUGCUUGGUAUUUAGUUGGCCAGGACCAGGGCUUCCCUGCAGUAGCCUUCAACUCCUGGAAUGGGGGGCAAGCAAGUGUCAAUGUCACGUCAAAUCACAACGAAGUUGCCCAUGCAGUCGCCCGUGACUCGAUCGUUCUCCUUAAAAAUACAAACGGCACUCUGCCUCUGAAUAAGCCCUCAAGUAUCGCUAUUAUUGGUACUGAUGCUCAGACAAACCCUUCUGGACCAAAUGCCUGCACUGAUCGUGGUUGCGAUACUGGGACUUUGGCUAUGGGUUGGGGCAGUGGAACCUGUCAAUUUCCAUACCUAACAGAUCCUCUCACAGCUAUCAAAAGUCAAGCUUCCAGUGACGGCACUACGAUCACAACGAGCAUCAGUGAUGAUGGCACUGCUGGUGCAUCAGCGGCUAAAAACGCCGAGUAUGCGAUCGUCUUCAUCAACUCUGAUUCCGGUGAAGGGUAUAUAACCGUCGAAGGCGUUGCUGGUGAUCGCAACAAUCUUGAUCCAUGGCACAAUGGCAAUCAACUGGUGCAAUCCGUCGCUGCAGUGAACAAAAAGACCAUCGUCGUCAUUCACAGUGUCGGACCUGUGAUUCUCGAAACCAUACUGGCUCAACCAAACGUGGUGGCAGUAGUAUGGGCCGGUAUACCAGGACAAGAGAGUGGUCCUGCCCUCGCAGAUAUCCUCUACGGGCGCACAGCUCCAAGCGGAAAAUUGACUUACACAAUUGCCAAACAGACAGCUGAUUAUGGUACUGCGGUAGUCAGUGGAAAUGACAAUUAUUCCGAGGGACUUUUCAUUGAUUAUCGACGUUUCGACAAAAGCAACAUUGAGCCUCGAUACGAAUUCGGUUAUGGAUUGUCAUAUACGACCUUCAAAUACUCGGAUUUGGCAGUUGAUGUUAGUGUUUCUGCUGGCCCAACGACCGGUCAGACAGUUCCUGGUGGGCCUUCCGAUCUUUUUGGGUCUGUUGGCACUGUCACGGUGCAAAUCACAAAUACGGGCAGCGUUGCAGGUUCAGAGGUUGCUCAGCUGUAUAUUGGUCUACCGUCGUCAGCACCGUCAUCACCGCCAAAACAAUUACGCGGUUUCGAUAAGAUUCCUCUUGAUGCUGGCGCUAGCGGUAAAGCGACAUUCGAUUUGACACGAAGGGAUCUGAGUUAUUGGGAUGUAUCACAGCAGAAGUGGGUGGUUCCGAGCGGGGAGUUCACUGUGUAUGUUGGAGCAUCUAGUAGGGAUAUCAGGUUACAGGGGACAUUUACGGUAGGUUAA